CGGCCGUCUGCAUCAAUUCCAAACGACGUGAAAACUUCAUAUGGAAUAUGAUUCUCUCGUGUAUAUUUUACUUUGCCUCAGGCCCUCAAGAGAUGUGCGUUUGGUUUGACUCGUCCGAUAGUCGACGAUUAUGUCGCCAUCAAACGGCAUCAAUCAAGAAUAUAUCCAGUUGUGGGGGACGAACAGAAGGACCUUUGAUCGUUCACCGCGCAAAUGGAUUCCUUCUUCCAAAAUCGUGAAUCGUGAGGAAAUAGCGGUUUUGUUGCUCCGCUUGUUGCUUUCUGCUUUCGUCUCUGCGCACGACCGCCACCAACGAGGUACCUUACCUCUGUAGAAAAGGAAGGGCGGUGUGGUCAGCUGUAAAGGAUGGAUAGGUAGAUGCGUCGGCCCCAUGCCUGGAGGGAAUCACGGAAUCCCCUCCCCUCCCCUUCCUCUCUCACCCCCCCCCCCCUUCUCCUUUUGCUCGUUUUAAAAGGCGGCUUUUCGCGCCAAAGAAACUGCAGGAUCAUCUCGACGUUGGGCUUGUUGGUUAUUACCUGAAGAAGCAGAAGGAAGCUCUCCGUCGCUUGCUUGUGAAUGUGGUGAUUGCCUGAGGCUAAGCCUGCUUUCAUCUUGAAGGGGACUUUGAACUGAAAAUCUUUCUUAAGACAUGGGCUCGUUGAAUGAUGUAUCAAAUGAAAGGUCUGCCUGGAUGGGAUCUCUAGAAGAUGGAGCUUUAAGAGGUGGAAGGGACAUACUUUUGCAGGGUUUCAAUUGGGAAUCACACAAGCACAAUUGGUGGCAAAACUUAGAAAAUAAAGCUUCUGAUAUUGGGAAGUCUGGAUUCACCUCCAUAUGGUUGCCUCCAGCAACUCAUUCUUUCUCCCCGGAAGGUUACUUGCCACAGAAUUUAUACUCUCUCAACUCUGCAUAUGGUUCAGAAAGCCAAUUAAAAUCUUUGCUCAGAGAGCUGCAGCGUCAUCAUGUCAGACCCAUGGCUGACAUAGUCAUUAAUCAUCGUGUUGGAACCACAAGAGGGCAUGGUGGUUCAUUUAACCGUUAUGAUGGCAUUCCGCUAUCAUGGGACGAACGUGCUGUCACUUCUUGCACUGGUGGACUGGGGAAUAAAAGCACUGGGGACAACUUUCAUGGAGUGCCGAACAUCGACCACUCUCAACAAUUUGUACGUGAUGAUAUUACAUCUUGGCUGAAAUGGCUCCGAAAGAAUGCCGGCUUUCAAGAUUUCCGUUUUGAUUUUGCUAAGGGGUACUCUGCAAAAUUUGUGAAAGAGUAUAUUGAGCAGUCCUGUCCAAUAUUGGCGGUGGGGGAGUAUUGGGAUUCUUGCAAUUACACUCCCCCUAGUUACCACUUGGAUUAUAAUCAAGAUAGCCAUCGACAGAGAAUUAUUAAUUGGAUUGACAGAACAGGAGGGCUUUGUGCAGCAUUUGAUUUCACUACCAAAGGCAUUCUUCAGGAAGCUGUUAAGGGUGAAUAUUGGCGUUUGAGUGAUCCUCAUGGGAAGCCACCUGGAGUAAUGGGAUGGUGGCCUUCAAGGGCUGUGACAUUUAUAGAGAACCAUGAUACAGGUUCAACCCAGGGUCAUUGGCCUUUUCCAUCUCAUCAUGUUAUGGAGGGAUAUGCAUACAUACUUACACAUCCUGGCAUACCCACAGUUUUCUAUGACCAUUUUUAUGACUGGGGCUCCUCCAUUCAUGAUCAAAUUGUGAAAUUGAUCGACGUGAGAAAGCAACAAGGAAUCCAUAGUCGUUCUUCAAUCAGGAUCCUAGCAGCCCAAGCAAAUCUCUAUUCAGCAAUGGUUGGAGAGAGGAUCUGCAUGAAGCUAGGAGAGGCUUCAUGGUGUCCCAGUGGCAGGGAGUGGAAGCUGGCAACUAGUGGUGAUAGAUACGCUGUCUGGCACAAGGAAUAGUCCUUCCUCUUGUUGGCACUCGGUUGAUUGCUAUAGAAGGCUUUUUACACGAUGAUUAUGUCUUUACUUUAUGUAUCUUCUUAGAUAAUGGUUGCGAUAUAAGCAUAGAAUAAAUAACACCAAAAGACACGUACAUGAAAUACUAGUUUCCGUGAAUACAGCAUAUUGAUAUA